GCGCACUUGACUUAUACUAUGGUAUUCUUUUGAUCCUCGGCUCACAGUAGAGCCCCUGUCCCUGGGUUUCGGAGAGAUACGUCCAUGCCAGACCAAGUGGACUCCGAUCCAUCGUUCGGCUACAAUUCCAUGAGGUACAGAUUCCAGAAUAUGGGCAAUCCUCAACAUUUGCCGUCUCGAAUGCCCCAUUGCGUUUCACCGCAAUGAUACCGUGCUAUGUGUAUUCUAGUCUGCUUGUAGCCCCAUAAUCUGCAAUUUGUCCCGCUCCAGCGUUAGUGGAGUCAUCUCCCAUUUCGAUAUGGGAUGUGCACCCGUGAAACGACAGGAUCUUCCCAUGGACGCCACAUGCCAUAGAGUAUAAAUAUAUCUGCUUCUCACUUCCACCUGCCAUAUAUCUAUCACCUCUCGUUCGAUAAACCACACUCUCAACAGAAUCUUUCAGUAAUAGACUUUCCUCACAUCAUGUCUUCAGCACGCUACGAAUCAGCCCCUGUGGACCCAGCUCCUCUGGGGGAGCCACUUGAGUUCCCCGUCUCGAAACGUUCCGCCAUCAACCGUUUUCUUAAUGCUGCCAUGUCCGAGAGGCUGGCUACCUACGAUGCGGAGGAUCUUUCUAAGAGGGGAAUUCCUGGCAAGGAACUCGAGAAUCUUUAUCGCAAAUGGGGUGAGGGCAAGUGGGGUCAAAUCUUGACUGGCAACGUGAUGAUCGACCCCGGGCACCUCGAGGCACCAGGAAACACCAUCGUCCCCGCCGACGCUCCUUUCGAGGGCGAGCGAUUCGAGGGCUUCAAGGCCAUCGCGACGGCGGCCAAGGCUCAUGGCAGUCUGAUCGUCGCCCAGGUAUCGCAUCCUGGACGCCAGGUUAGCGAUGACGUACAGAAGCACCCCAUCAGUGCCAGCGAUGUGCAGCUGGUAUCCGCUGCCAUGGGCAAAACCUACGCCAAGCCACGUGCUGCUACCGAGGAAGACAUCGAGAAGGUCAUCAAGGGAUUCACGCACACCGCUCUCUAUCUCGAGAAGGCUGGGUUCGAUGGUAUCCAGCUGCACGGUGCUCACGGAUACUUGCUUGCACAGUUUCUCAGUCCCACGACCAACCAGAGGACUGACAAGUAUGGUGGAAGUUUGGAGAACCGCAUGCGCAUCAUUCUGGAAAUUGCCGCCUCAAUCAAGUCCAAGGUCAGCGACAAGUUCAUUCUCGGUAUCAAAGUCAACUCUGUGGAGUUCCAGGACAAAGGUUUCACACCCGAGGAGGCCGUUAUCCUUUGCCAAAACCUCGAAAAGGCUGGCUUUGACUACGUAGAGACGAGUGGAGGCACAUACGAGACCAACGCCUUCCUGCACAAGAAGGACAGCACGCGCAAGCGAGAAGCCUACUUCAUUGAGUUUGCCGAGCAGAUCGCCAAGUCUGUCACGUCGCUGAAGGUCUACACUACUGGCGGAUUCAAGACGGUCGAUGGCAUGGUCCAGGCCCUGCAAAGUGGUGUCCAUGGUAUCGGUAUCGGUCGAGCCGCAGCUCAGGACUUUGACCUCCCCACACUACUAGUGUCUGGAAAGGCGAAGGGUGUUGGAAAGGUCGCGGUGGACGAGGACAACCUGAUCUUGCGCCUCACUGGUGCUGUCUUGCAGAUCAAUGCCUUGGCGAAGAACGAGAAAGUUCCUGAUCUGGCAGAUCCUGCAGAAAUACAGAAGAUUUACGCCGCUCUGGGCAUACCGGCAGCCUAAGGUUAUCUGCAAUGACUAUAGAUAAACAUACACAGAGCUAGAAACUGGUUAAACCACGUCGACAGAAUUUCAGUGUUUCGCGAUAA